GAGAUCAGUUUCGAAAUGGGGUCAUCUUCGAUUUUACAAGUCGGCCUGAAACCGACCUGGCAAUCAUUUUGAGAGAUCGCCGUCAAUUUAUUCAACACUCUCGAGGAUCUCUUUAUCUGCCUGGCAAUAUAGAUCCCUCGAUCUUGAAAACUUUAAAACAACAGCUAAUCCAUCUCAUCAUCUGCGAGUACCCCGCUUCCAUUUAAAUCAUGAAUCAACCAUGUCAACACCUUCUCGAGAAUAAUGUCAAACCCACCGACAUGGCUACCUACAUCCGACCUCGACGUCCCAUGAAUCAAAAAGCAAAGUUUCAUCAAUUCGGAAAGCUAGCCCCUGAACUACAAAACAUGAUUUUCAAAGAAGCUCUUCCCGAAGGCCGAAUUAUCUCUUUCAGGGCCGUCGAGAUUCUCGUUGACGAACCUGAUGAAUGGACUCGGGAAUGGUACGCAGGAGAGAAAUAUGGAGGCAAAUACAAAAGUGCAAAGCUCGCUGUAAAGACUACCUUACCAGCGCUUCUACAUGUUAACAUUAUGGCGAGAGAAGUUGCGCGCAAGGAAUAUGGACUCGAAUUCGCACGUUGUUUGAGAAAUCCGAUAUACUUUAAUUGGGAAAAGGACACUCUAUACAUACAAUCUGAUCGCGCCACCAAAUUAUUCCAAGGGAGUUUACAAAUGCUGAAGAAUUUUCAGAUUCCAUUAUCUCGAGGUCUUGAUAUUGCUAAGAUGGAGGAAAAGCUCAAGUUUUUGAUCUUAGGGGAACCUUGUCUAUUCAAAAGCACUACGGAGAUGAUUUCCCGCUUGAGUAAUUUGAAGAGAUUGGAGCUUAAGGAGGGAUGUUUUAGAUGGGAUCAGAAGAUCAAGAUCCUAAACACGAGAUGGAGGGAGAAGUGGGGAGAAGAUCUUACGUACAAAUGUGUGGAGUUGGGAAAUAAGGAGAUGGGAUGGAGAGUGGAGGAUCAGAGAGAUGGGUAUGAGGUUUAUGUUAAGCCGAGACGGUCGGAGAGAAUUAGAGAGUUGGAGGCUAGUCGGAGUUUGGAUGAUCAUGAAGGGGAUUAGCGACAGGGGAAAUGAGAUGAAAUGGGAGACUGGGGAAUGUGAGAGAGACAGAUAGAGAGGGAAGAAGCUCUGUAAAUAAUCUCACAUUUGCAAAAGUGCGUUAACGAUAUUAGGUCACUUCUUCAGUACUUCCAUUUUUCAAUACGAUUUGCAGUAUUCAAAUCCUUCACAAUUUCCCUUGAACGCGCGAAAACCUUCUAUUCGUGAAUAUCAUCUGGAUUUUUUUCCAAUAGUUUGGAAUACAAUCUAACUGGAAUGUUCUUAAGUGUCAAAUCCAAAGUCUUCAAUUCAUUCAAAGGCACAGGAGACUUCCAAGACUAGAGUCUAUAAUUGACCUUUCUUUCGCGCAAUGAAGUUAAAUCAUUCACUUAUAUAGUCUACUUACCCAACUUACCCAGCACACUAUACACUAUACACUAUACACAUUGCGAACUCAAUAUGCGGACGAGAGAGCCCUUUGUCUCUGAUAUGAUACAAAACAAGACUUUCUGAUUGGUUUUGGAAAUUGUGAUUACUGGAUAUAGAGAGGACUCUCUUUUAUACUGUGGAAAUCUAGGCUGUAUAUCAGUACUCUGGUGUUUCGGUUUUUGGGGGUGGGGGUUUCCCCUUCUUCUUUUUGACGGGGAGGGUUUGGAUGGUGUGGGAAUGGAGUUGAUGGAUGAAGGUUUGGAGAGGGAGUGUUAGAGAAGUAUUAGAGGUGAGAUGGUUGGAGGGAUGAUUGUAUUGAUUGUUCGGGUAUAUUCUGUUCAUGAAACACCUUUUAUUGUUUGAUAUUAUCUUUAUAUCCAUGACAGGAGGUUUUUCAUAAAGUUGGUGGUAUCAAUUACUACCUAGACUCUAUAGGAAGUAGCUACUUUAUAGUACAAAUACAUCCCCACA